AUGGAAGAGAUACAACAGCAUCUAAAGGACACACACUCCGAUCAAGCAAGAGAUAAUCCAUUAGGAAGCUGUCCAAGAAUUGAACCAGUCCCAGAACCCACAAUUCCACUAAACAUAAAAGAACCCACAAUGAAGGAAGUAUCUGAUGUAGUGAAGAAAGCAAGAAGCGGCUCCGCACCAGGACCAAACGGUAUACCCUAUAAAGUAUACAAGAUGUGCCCGAUGCUACUACGAAGACUAUGGACCCUACUUAAGGUGAUAUGGAGGAAAGGAAAAGUCCCAGAUUGUUGGCAACAGGCAGAGGAAAUAUUUACUCCAAAGGAAAAAGGCUCCAAACAUGUGACCGAAUUCCGAACCAUUUCACUGUUGAAUGUGGAGGGGAAAAUAUUCUUCGCUGUCCUGGCAAGACGAAUGACCACGUUCCUGACAACCAAUCAGUACAUUGACACAUCAAUCAUCCGUGAAGCAAAGGUGAACGCCAAUGACCUCACAGUCGUCUGGUUAGACCUCGCCAACGCCUAUGGCUCCAUACCACACAAGCUUAUUGAAGAAGCAAUGAAGCACUAUCAUAUCCCAGAGCAUAUACAGGGUAUCAUAAAUGGCUACUUUGAUGGCAUACAGCUUCGAUUCUCAAUCGGUGACCAGACAACGCCAUGGCAGAGGUUAGAGAAGGGGAUAGUAACUGGCUGCACCAUCUCAGUGGUACUAUUCGUGAUGGGCAUGAACUUGAUCAUCAAUGCCGCGAAGAGGGAAACCAGAGGACCAAAAACAGCGUCAGCCCUACAGGACACGGUCACAUGGGCACGAAUGAAGUUCAAACCCAAGAAGUCAAGGAGCCUGAUUAUCAAGAAGGGAAAGGUCACCAAAAGAUUCACUCUACAGGUACAAGGGGAAGACAUUCCAUCCAUUAUUGACAGUCCAGUCAAGUGCCUCGGCAAGUGGUACGACGCCAGCCUGAAGGACACUAAUAACAUCACUAGAGUCAAAAACCAGCUCCAAGAUGGCCUGAAGCUUAUAGACCAGACAGGACUCCCGGGCAAGUUUAAGGCAUGGCUCUACCAACAUGGGUUACUACCUAGGCUUAUGUGGCCCCUUAUGCUGUACGAGAUAGCUACAACCACUGUAGAAGGAUUCGAGAGAGUGAUCAACCGGCAUCUCCGGAGAUGGCUUGGUGUCCCUCCUAGUUUCACCAGCAUUGGACUGUAUGGCAGAACCAACCAACUUCAACUCCCAAUGACCUCACUAGUUGAAGAGUUCAAGGUUGCCAAAGGAAGACUGGUGGUAACCCUCAAAGAGUCAUCAGAUGACAUGAUAUGGAAGGCAGGCAUCGAGACACGCACAGGGCGAAAGUGGUCAGCAAGCCAGGCAGUCGCCCAGGCAGAAAGCAGGCUACGACACAAAGGCAUCGUAGGCACCACAGCUAUAGGAAGACAAGGCCUGGGCAGUUCAAAACCACAACGCUGGAGCACUGCCGGUAAGAAAGAAAGAAGCCAAAUGGUCCAGUAUGAGAUCAGGCUUUCAGAAGAGGAAGACAGGCGCGCCAGAGCAGUCGGGAUGGGAGGGCAGUGCGCAUGGACACAAUGGCAGACCACAGAAAGACACCUGACAUGGGUAGACAUUUGGCACUACGAACCACUACGACUCAAAUUCCUACUGAGAUCCGUAUAUGAUCUGCUGCCAUCUCCAGUCAAUCUACACAGAUGGGGGUUAGUGGAAGACCCAAAGUGCCAGCUGUGCGACAAACCAGGAACCAUGCAGCACACCCUCUCAUCUUGCCAGACAGCGCUAACACAAGGCCGCUACAGAUGGAGGCACGACACAGUCCUCAAGGAGCUAGCAGACAUACUAGAGCGGGAGAGAAGGAAGACAAGACCUACCAACAAGAAGGCAGUACCAACAAUCAAAUUCGUCAAGGAAGGACAAACUGCCAAGAAGGCAAGAACCGCAGCAACAUCUAUCCUUGAUGAAUCAGAGCGUUGGGAGAUGAAGGUCGACCUAGGAAAACAGCUGGUAUUCCCAGACAUAGUCCAUACCACACAGAGACCAGACAUAGUUAAAUGGUCUCCCAAGGACAAGAAACUGGUGAUGAUAGAACUCACUGUACCCUGGGAGACUAGGUGUGAUGAGGCCUACGAGCGGAAAAUGGGAAAGUACACUGAGCUACAAGAACAGUGUAAAAGUCGCGGUUGGAGUGCCUGGCUGUUCCCCGUUGAAAUAGGGUGCAGAGGAUUUCCAGCCCAAUCAGUAUGGAGAAUGCUCAGCAACAUUGGGAUCAAGGGAGGUGACAGGAAGAGGGCUGCAGGCAGACUUAGACAAGCUGCAGAAAAAGCAUCCAACUGGCUGUGGAUGAUGCGAGAGGAGAAGAGCUGGACGCUAAACCACUGA